CAUCGACUCGGUUUGCUUGGGCCAUAACCCAGUGCAGCCCAUUCAUAGCCCUGUGCGAUGCCGUCAGUGGCGGUGGCCUCACGGUUACUUCACUGGUGGAAGGGGAGCACUGAGGGGCAAGAGCCGCAGCCAGACCGCCCCGCUCGAACUGACGGGGUGACAGCCUUACACAUCGCUGCAGAGAAUGGACAUACGGAAGUGCUCAAAUGCCUGCUGAAGGAGCGGGCAUGCCCCCACAAUGUCACGCACAAGGGACAGAGUGCACUACUGAUGGCAGCCCAGCAGGGCCACCAUGACACAGUAGCAGCGCUUCUAACCGCUGGAGCUGAUGUUGAGGGUGAGCAGCAAAUCUUCGCCUUGCAUGUGGCAGUGGACAGGGGAUACUUGGACGUUGCCCAGUGCUUGCUGAAGGCGAAGGUGAACGUGAAUGCCGCCAAGGACACCGGUGCCACGGCCUUGUUUGCCUCGGCGUCCAAAGGCUACUUGGCCAUUUGUGAAACGCUCCUGGAGCACCGCGCUGCAGCGGAUUUGGCCGAGACGCAUGGGGCUACACCUUUGUACAUUUCGGCACAGAUGGGACACCUUGAUGUGGUCCAGUGUUUGAUUCAAGCAAGGGCCAGCAUUGACAAAGCCAGGAGUCAUGAUGUGACACCCUUGUACAUCGCGGCGCAGAGUGGGCAUGCAGAGGUGGUGGUGACCUUGUUGAUGGGAAAGGCAGCCUUGAAUCACACCACUGACGUUGGGACGUCACCCUUGUACAUUGCAGCGCAAGAGAAUCAUGUGGAAGCAGUGUGUCACCUCCUCGAGGCCCAAGCAGAUGCAGAUCUGUGUGAGGCGGGCGGCGCAAGCGCUUUGCACAUUGCAGCUCAGAAUGGGCAUUUGGAUGUCCUGCAUUUCCUCCUGAAAGCAUCAGCCCAGAUCGACAAAAGGGACAAGCAGGGGGUAACACCCUUGUAUAGUGCAGCUGAGCAUGGCCACUUGGGGAUCGUACGGUUCUUGGUGGAAGCGGCCGCAGGCUUGGGUGAGGCUACCCCGCAAGGGGCGACUCCGUUGCUGGUGGCGGCACGAAGGGGGCACCGAGACAUUUGUGCAUACUUACUUGUCGCGAGGGCCAACUUCGAGAAAUCCCGGGAGGAUGGUGCAACCCCAUUGAGUGUGGCAGCUCAGAAGGGCCACUCUGAUGUGGUGACGUGCCUACUGGAGGUCAGGGCGACCAUGGGGAUGCGAGAGCAGACUCCUCCUCCCCUUUGCUUGGCAGCUCAAAAGGGUCAUCAUGAAGUAGUUCACUGCUUGAUCCAGGCCCAGUGCAAUGUGAAUCAAGCCUCCUUUGGAGUUGCACCUCCGAUCUACAUCGCGGCUGUUGCUGGCCAUGCCGACAUCGUUGUGGCCUUGCUGGAUGCCACCGCACACAUCGAUGCCUGCGAUGCACGGGGCGUGACGGCAUUGCAUGUGGCGGCACAAAAUGGACAGUUUGCAGUGCUCCAGUGCUUGAUCGACGCGGCGGCUGAUCUUCACAGGGCCUGUGACCUCGGACUCACCGGACUGCACUCCGCAGCAGCUGCUGGGCACCUGGAGGUGCUGCGAUGCUUGCUGGCAGCGCUGGGGGAUGUCAACCGUACCGAUUUGCAGGGACAGACGCCUUUGCACUGUGCUGCCGCAUCAGGAAGCCAACGUAUCAUUCAGAGUUUGCUGGACGCUGGCGCCAGCAAGAAUCGAACUACCAACACUGGUGCCAGUGCCUGCUGGUUGGCGGCCUCUGAAGGACAUUUUGGUGUUUUACGUCAUUUGCUGGCAGCUCGUGCAGACUGCAACAUAGCCACAACCGAUGGCACCACGUGUUUGCACAUUGCGGUUGACAAGGGGCAUCUUGAAGUCGUCGAGCACCUCCUGCGGGCGGGCGCAGCCAGAGAUGCAAGAGCCAAUGGUGGCACCCCCUUGGCACUUGCGGUGCGCACGGGACAACAGCAGAUGGUAAGCUGCCUUUUGCGGGCAAAAGCGGAGAAACAGAAAGGUGGUUGGAAAGGAGCGAGCCCGCUGCACAUCGCAGCACAGUACGGCCAUUGCCGCAUUCUCCAGUGUUUGCUUGAGGAGGGAGUUGAGAAGAAUCAGCGAAUGGAAGACGGUUUGACCGGGCUUCACGUGGCGACACAGCACGGCUACCUUCACGUGGUGCACCAGCUGUUGCUCUCAGAGGCGGAUGUCGAUGCAGCUGACCAUGGGGGCUCCACCAGCUUGCAAUGGGCUGCGCAAGAUGGGUCUGCGCAGCUGGUGGCCAGACUGUUGUCUGCGCGAGCCGACACGAACAAAGCCUCCUACGGUGGCCAAUGCCCUUUGCAUGUGGCAGCUGAUGCCGGGCAUCUUCAGGUGGUCCGACAGCUUAUUGAAGGAAAGGCUAACAUCAACAAGGGCUGCACUGCAGGAACAGUUGCCUUACAUGCAGCAGUUGAACGAGGCCACAUUGCGGUUUGUCGUUGUUUACUGGAAAUGAAGGCCUCACACAGCUUGUCAAGGGCUGAUGGGAUGAUGCCUUUAGCAAUUGCAGCGGGCAAUGGAAAUGUGGAGAUGGUGCGAUGCCUCCUCUCCGGGAAAGCGCAGCUUGGGGACGGGCUCGCGCUGCACAUCGCAACCGAUCGGAACCAUUUGGCGGUGGUUCGAUGUUUGUUGGAAAGCUCCAACUCAAGGAGUGCAUUCUUGCACAUUUGGUAUCAGCGCUGCACACGAGUCCUCCAACACUUGGCUGCUCGAUCUUCAGGCCAGGUCAGACACCUUGAAAUGUCACCCAAACCUUCAAGGCUUUCACCCAGUUCACCGGUCUCCAAGAAAGAACUGCAGGCCAAUUCACCUACGGUGCGGAAGGAUUUGGGCUGGAGACUGGCCUCCUUUUUAUCAUCUUUCGAUCUGGUGACACCAUACCAAUGGCACAGAACUUGCGUUGGCCUAUGUUUUCUGUCUAGUUUGGCUUUGGGGGUUGCAUGUGUUGGGCCUGAUUUGCGGGCGAAAUUCAAUGGACAAUCAUCCGGAGAUUGACCACUUAAAUUAAAUGUCAUAAUUCAUGGAAUCAAUGAACCACCAAUGAUAAUAUCGAUCUAAAAAUGAUUAAAAAUGAAACUAUAAAUUAAACAUAUACCGACGGACUGAAAGUUAGAAUGUCCGUUUGGAAAUUUGAACUGACUAAUUUUGAGUCCACGGGUACACGAAAACGCCACAUUCUAUCUGAGGCCUUUUUUAAGCGAAGUAAGAAUGUGAAAAUUCCGUUUCCAUUAAACAUGGAAUGUGCUGUGGUAUAUGCUUCAUUGCUGCCCUUCCGCGCCCUAGAAUGCCUGGCCCAAAGCAGAGAACCGUGCAUAUAAAGUAUAUUAUAUAUAUAUAAUGUCGGAGAGAUUUAAACUCUCUCUAUCUCUCUCUAUGCAGCUGUAUGCAAUAUUAUGUGCGUGUGCGCAAUAUUGUGUGUGAAGGGGGCUCAUCUAUAGCCAUGGAUGGUCCAAUCGGCGACCUGAGGGAUGCUUUGCUCCGAGCUCC